AGCAAGAUUUAAUAAAACAUUGCAAUUCUUUCGUCGUCUCCCCCGCGCGUGCGACAGAGCGGGCGAUCCAACAAGGUAACGGCGAAGUAGGGCGCCGGAAGCCACUAGAAGCGGAAAAGCCGGAGGAAGAGAGCGGCAUCACCUCCGAUUCGGCAUCACUUCCUCCGCAGAUUCCCGGAUCGACAACUCCGCUCCAUCGAUCUCCUGCCGGGUUUCGAUCUUGGAGCUCGGAUGCAGGCAGUGCUGACCUCGAGAUGAGCGUUGAGAGCCCCGGAGCAGUCAGAGGGUAGGGUUUUGACUGCUCGGGUCUAUCUCUGGACCCCGAUCUAGGGUUCCCGUGAAUUCCAUGGGAGAGGGGGGAGUCGCGUGUGCACCCUCGCAGCGAAUCAUGGAGCGCCUCCCGAUUCCGGAGUCACUCUGUGGGGGCAAAUACAUGCUGGCUUCGAAUCCCUUUACGACGGAAAAGUGUGCGAGGAAUGGCGAGAGGAAAGGUGAGUCUGGUGGUGAAAAAGAUCUGAAGCUGGAUAAGAAGGUGGAGUUGGAAAAAGGGGAGUUUGUGCUGGAGAAGCAUCGGAAAGGGGAGUUGGAGGAAGGGGAACUCCUUAAUGGGGAAUUGGAGAAGGAGGAGCUCCGAAAUGGUGAAAUUGAGAAGGGAGAGUUUGUUCCCAGGAAAUUAUGGAAAAGUGAGGUUGUGGUGGGAGGAAGACGAUUGGGAGAUGAAGUGGCAAGAGGAGAAUCAUUUUCAGAUCGACGGAGCAAAUCAGAGCUGGAAAGAGGGGAGUUUGUUCCAGAUAAAUGGAAGAGAGCAGCAGAACCGGAUAAGACACAGGGUCACUCAAGCAAAGGAAGGAAGGCCGAUGUGGAUAAAAAUGAAGUACUAGAGAGAUUGCGGAAGCAUGACUGGGAUUAUUCCCCAGAGAGCAGUCACCAGAGAAGUGAUAGACGCCCAAGUGAUAUUGACUCUAGGAAGAGACCAUCAUUGAGAUGGGAUGGUGGUGCGUCUGACAGGGAUGCUAGGAAAUUGUCAGGUGAGGUUAAGCAUGAUAGACAGCAUUCUAAUUUGUCUGAUCAUUCAGGAUCAAGGACUACUCGGAGGGCUGAAGAAGUUAAUCGCUCUGGUAAUUCUUAUAGAUGCCAUAGAACUGAAUCUUCCUCUGCUUCCAGCAAGUAUUCGUCUUCUAGGCUCACUGAUCCAUCCUUUUCUUCUGGAGGUACUCAUGAUAGACAAUGCCGCAGUCCAGGCCAUUCAGAGAAGUCAUCAAAAGAGCACAGCCACCACUCUGACAGCAAAGACCAUAGUCCUCGAUGCAUCAACUGGUCCCCACAUGAGAAGAGUCGCCGUUUUGAUCAUAGGGAUCACACUCCGAGCCGUUCCAACCGAUCUCCACAUUCACGGGUUCGUCACCAUGGCCACAGAGACCGAACUCCAAUGCACUCAGAGCGGUCACCACAUCCACAUGAUAUCCGACAUUCUGCUGAUCAUCGAGAAUCAAGCAAGAAAAAUAAAGUUAGUGAAAAGCUUCAAUCCAGCAGAAAUGAUGACAGAGUGGGAGGAAAGGAUCAUGGUGAAAAAAAUAUAAUUAAUUGUAAGUCAAAUAAGAGCAAUGCUGACAGAAGUAUUGCUGAUAAACUCAGCAAGGAAAAGCUGUUACAGAAUUCAAAUAGACAGUCUAUUGAGAUUCCACCUCCUCCUCCACCACCUCAUCUUCCUCCUCCUCCUCCUCCACCUGUUCUUCCUCCGCCACCACCUUCCACUCCAGGAGCAUUUGAAGAUGCAUCAUCAAUGGAAGAGGAUAUGGAUAUAUCAGAUACUCCACCCCGUGAUCCCAUAUCAUCUGAUUUUGAUGCUGGAAAAUGGUUUUAUCUUGAUCAUUUUGGCACUGAACAAGGACCUUCAAAGUUAGUUGAUCUGAAAUGGCUAGUGGAUAAUGGAGUCCUCCUUUCUGAUCAUCUGAUAAAGCAUGCUGACAGUGAUAGGUGGGUUACUGUCGAAAAUGCAGUUUCCCCCUUGGUGACAAUAAACUUUCCCUCUAUUGUAUCAGAUGUUGUAACCCAGAUGGUAAGUCCUCCAGAAGCCCCAGGGAAUUUGUUAGUUGAUGCUGCAGUUCUAUGUCAGGAAACAUCCAAUUCCAUGCCUCUGCAACAGGAUUUUGGUACAGAUGAACCUUCAAUUCUACCAGAACCUAUCCAAGCUUACCAUAUAGAUGAGAGGGUAGAAAUGUUGUUGGAUGGUUACAGUAUUGUAGAUGGAAAAGAGCUUGAGAUUAUUGGAGAAGCACUGAGUACAUCGUUUGGGUAUGUGGACUGGGAGAACUGGUGUCAAUCCGAAGGUUUCUCGCGAUUCAAGGCUCAAACACCAUUACCAUACCCAAGAAAUGGAGUUGCUAUAGAUCAAGAAAACUUCUCAACACAAAUGACUGAAAUCAGGCCAGUUUUUGCACCUUCAGAGAUGGAUCAUUUUGUUCCUGGUGGUAGUUGUAGUGAUUGGUUUUCUGGGAGGUGGUUUUGCAAAGGUGGUGACUGGAAGAGAAAUGAUGAGGUUAACCUCGAACGAUCUUGCAGACGGAAAUUUGUAAUCAAUGAAGGUUAUCCUCUUUGUAAGAUGCCAAAGUCUGAUAAUGAGGAUCCUCGUCGGCAAAGAAAGGACGAUCUCUAUUAUCCUUCCCGGAGUAAAAGGCUUGAUCUGCCAGUAUGGAGUUUUGCAUCAUCUGAUGACAAUAGUGAUAAUGGUAAUGAUUCAAGUAAAAAUGCAGUUGCUAGCAGAUCAAUCCAGACUAAGCCUUUGCCCCUUAGGGCUAUGAAGGGUAUAAUUCUUCCUGUAGUUCGAAUAAAUGCUUGUGUUGUAAAUGAUCAUGUUUCUUCAGAACCUUCUGGAAAGGUUAGAAGCAUUGAGUUGCACCCUUCAAGAUCUUCGCGAUCACACUCUAGUUGUGAAAGGAAUUUGCUUCGUGAAGAGCCCUCUCGUUCAAAGAAGGCACAUGAACAUGACCUACAGAUGCUGCAUCGAUGCCAGGCUGUCCUCAAUGUUCCAAGGGAUCGGAUUUGCACUAUCGAUGAUUUAUCUGUUGAUCUAGGUGAUUGGUUCUAUCUAGAUGGUGCUAGCUGUGAACAUGGACCUUUCUCAUAUUUGGAAUUGCAAGAUUUAGUUGGUAAAGGUACUAUAUUGGAGCAUAGCAGUGUCUUUAGGAAGAAUGACAAUACUUGGCUUCCAAUAACUAAGAAACUGAUAUCUUCCAAACCUAUAAAUACUGAAGAUGGGGCAGGCACACCAUCUGAAAAAGGUUGUUAUACCCUUGAGCAGUCAUUGCUAAACAGUGCUAGUAGUGCUUCUCAUUCACUUCAUGACUCACAUCCUCAGUUUGUUGGCUUUACACGCGGUAAGCUGCAUGAACUUGUCAUGAGGUCAUAUAAGAACCGGGAGUUUGCUGCUGCUAUCAAUGAGGUUUUGGAUCCAUGGAUCAUUGCAAAGCAACCAAAGAAGGAAAUGGAUAAACAUUUCCCAUUUAACUCAGCUAUCACAAAAAGCUCAGCUGUGUUAGCUCAUAAUUUGUCAAGCAAUACUAUCUGGAAAUCAGAGGAUGUGAUGUACCAUGAUGGAAAAAGACCUCGAUUGCUCAUUGGGGAUAGUGAUGAGGACUCUGAAAUGGGGGAGGCUAUACUGAUGAAAGAGAAGCUUGAUUUAUCGUUUGAGGAUUUAUAUUGCGAAUCUGAUAUCUUUGCGGAUAUUGUUACUACUUCACUGGCAGAGAAUGAAAACUGGGGUCUGUUGAAUGCACCUAUUCUUGCUAGGACAUUUCACUUCCUAAAGAGUGAUAUGAAGUCUCUUGUCUACUCUGCUGCAACAUGUAAACAUUGGAAUACAUCAGUAAAUUUUUACAGAAAUAUCUGCAAAAAUGCUGAUUUGUCCUCCGUCGGACCAAAGUGUACAGAUGCUGUAUUUCGCAUGCUUAUGGGUGGUUUUGGCAGGAAAAAUCUUACAUCCAUAAGUUUAAUGGGCUGUGUCAAUGUUACUACUAGUGUUGUUGAAGAGGUCCUCCAGCUGUUUCCACACAUAUCUUUUGUUGACAUCAGAGGAUGCUGUCAGUUUAAAGAAUUACAAAUUAAAUAUCCAAAAGUUAUGUGGAUAGGAAGAUCAGGUUCAGCCAAAACAAAAUUUUUUGAGGAAUCUCAUUCAAAAACGAGAAGCCUAAGGCAGAUAGCUGAAAACAAUUUCCCAUUGUCGAGAACUUAUCGCUCCUUGAAUGGUUAUCUGGAUGAUUCUGAUGAUCUAGGAAAUUUUGCCAUUGACGAGCCUAAUUCCUUCAAUAGAAACAGUAUUUCAGGCCUCCAGUUCAAGCAGGGGUUUUACAAGCGACCCAAGUUACUUGAUUCUAGAAGGUCUUCAGAACUUCUAUCUAGGGAUGCACAAAUGAGACGUUGGUUGCAUAGGAAGUCUGAGAAUAGUUAUAAAAAGAUGGAGGAGUUUAUUGCCAGUAGUUUGAGGAGUAUCACAAGGGGGAGCAAGUCCGAAAUCUUUAUACCUAAAAUUUCAAAAAUUGAAGAUAGGAUGAAAAGUGGUUAUUAUGUGCGACAUGGCUUGAGCUCUAUCAAGGAUGAUAUUAGUCGGAUGUGUUGUGAUGCGUUUAAAUCAAAAAGACAGAAUGAUGGAGACAUGAAAAAGAUUAUCUUUUAUUUCCUUCAAUUGAUAAAGAAGUUGGACAACCCAAGGUUGAUUAGUGAAAGAGAUGAGAUGGCAAAGGCAGCCAAAGACAAUUCUGAUGCAGGAGCAUAUAUAUCUGAAAAAUACAAAAAGAAACAAAAUAGGACUUUGGGUGAAAAGAAGGCCACAAAUAAGAGUGCAUUUUAUUGCGAUGGAGGAACAGAUAAUAAAGCUUCUGCAUUUGAUCGUGAAAUUAAAAGGAGUCUCUCCAAACUAAAGAAGAGAGAUAUGGAUUCUGAAAGUGAAACAUCUGAAGAGCAUGAAAAUGAUUUCUCUGAUGAAGAUGAAAGGAGUGAAGAUGAGAGUACUGCUUCUGAUACGGAAAGUGACAUGGAAGUUCAUACAGGAAAUUCAACAUGGGAGUCAAGAGGAGAUUUCUUCUGCAAAUUGGAGGAGUCCAUUGAGUCAGCAGCAAUAUAUGACCGGGAAUGGGGUGCUCGCAUGACUAAAGCUGGCCUUGUUCCUCCUGUUACUAGAAAGUAUGAAAUCAUUGACAAAUAUCUUAUUGUAGCAGACAGGGAGGAAGUACGAAGGAAAAUGCAAGUUGCAUUACCUGAUGAUUACUCUGACAAACUAUUGGCACAAAAGAAUGGUAUUGAGGAGUCAGAUAUGGAAAUCCCUGAGGUUAAGGAAUAUAAACCCAGGAAAUCUCUUGGAGUUGAAGUUAUAGAGCAAGAAGUAUAUGGCAUAGAUCCUUAUACACAUAACCUCCUCUUGGAUACUAUGCCAGACGAGCCAGAAUGGACUCUUACAGAUAGACAUACAUUUAUAGACGAGUCUAUUCUCCGAACAUUGAAUAAGCAAGUCAGACAAUUUACUGGUUCUGGUAACACCCCUAUGGUUUAUCCUUUGCGGCCUGUUUUAGAAGAAAUGCAAAUGAAUGCAGAGGAAGGAGGUGACAAGCGGUCAUUGAAAAUGUGCCAGGCCGUCAUAAAGGCCAUGAGGAGUCGCCCGGAUGAUAACUACGUUUCUUAUAGAAAGGGCCUUGGAGUUGUAUGUAAUAAGAAGGAAGGAUUUGAACAAGAUGAUUUUGUUGUUGAGUUUUUAGGAGAGGUCUAUCCAGCUUGGAAAUGGUAUGAAAAGCAGGAUGGUAUUCGGUCCCUGCAGAAAAAUAGUCAAGAACCAGCUCCUGAAUUUUACAACAUAUAUCUGGAGAGGCCAAAGGGUGAUCUUCACGGGUAUGAUCUUGUUGUUGUUGAUGCUAUGCACAAAGCAAAUUAUGCAAGCAGAAUUUGUCACUCAUGCAGGCCGAAUUGUGAAGCAAAAGUUACAGCUGUGGAUGGUCAAUACCAAAUUGGUAUUUAUUCUCUAGUACCAAUUGGUUAUGGUGAAGAAAUCACCUUUGAUUACAACUCUGUGACAGAGAGCAAGGAAGAAUAUGAAGCGUCGGUUUGUUUGUGUGGUAGUCAAGUUUGCAGAGGGAGCUAUCUGAAUCUGGCUGGGGAAGGAGCAUUUGAGAAGGUUUUGAGGGAUUCUCAUGGAGUUCUAGAUCGUCAUAAGUUAAUGCUAGAGGCUUGUGAUGCUAAUAUUAUCGUACAAGAUGAUUAUCUUGACCUGGCAAGGGCUGGUCUGGGACCUUGUUUGCUUGACGGAUUACCUGAUUGGCUUGUUGCUUACUCGGCUCAUCUGGUGAGGUUCAUAAACUUUGAGAGGAAAAAACUACCUGAUGAAAUUCUGAAGCAUAAUUUAGAGGAAAAGAGGAAAUUUUUUUCAGACAUAUGCCUUGAGGUUGAGAAGAAUGAUGCUGAGAUUCAGGUCGUGCUGAGAUCCAUGUUCUGUUAUCCUGUUUGUUCUGUCUGUUUUCCUUCGAGUGUUAACCUUCUCUUUGAUAUUCAGGCUGAGGGUGUAUAUAAUGCAAGGCUUCAGAAUAUUGCACUCACUCUUAAUAAGGUAAAGUAUGUCAUGAGGUGUGUGUUUGAGGAUGCCAAGAAUGCUCCGCCACCGAUUGAAAAACUUACUGCAGAAGGAAUGGUUUCAGUCCUCUGGAAAGGGGAGGGUUCCUUGGUUGAGGACUUGCUGCAUUCCAUGACACCUCAUUUAGAACCAAAUCUACUUAUCGAUCUCAAAUCCAACAUUCAAGCUCAUGAUCCAUCUGGUUCCGAUAACAUUGAGACUGCACUCCGCAAGUCUUUGUUAUGGUUGAGGGAUGAGUUACGAAAUUUUCCAUGUAGCAAGAAGUGUCGGCAUGAUGCUGCUGCUGACUUGAUUCAUAUAUAUGCUUAUACAAAAGUGUUUUUUAAGAUUCGGAAGUACAAGUCUGUUACAUCUCCCCCAGUCUACAUCAGCCCCCUAGAUUUGGGUCCCAAGUAUGCUGAUAAAAUGGGGUCAGGCUUCCAGGAAUAUUGCAAGACGUAUGGUGAGAAUUAUUGCUUGGGUCAGUUGAUCUAUUGGUACAGCCAGAUGAAUGCUGACCCAGACUGUCGACUAGUGAGAGCUCGCAAAGGUUGCUUGUCGCUGCCCGAUUUCUCCUCCUACUAUGCAAAGACUCAAAAGCCAUUGCGAGAACAUUACAGUUUACGAACUGUGCGAUUUAUGAUGUCACGGAUGGAGAAAGAACCGCAAAGGCCAUGGCCGAAAGAUCGAAUAUGGCUAUUCAAGAGCAACCCUAAAUUUUUUGGCAGUCCAAUGCUGGACGCCGUCCUCAAUAAAUGUCCCCUGGACAAGGAGAUGAUGCAUUGGCUCAAGACUAGACCGGCAGUGUUUCAAGGCUGAUGAGCAAGUGCAGCAGCCAUGCCACCAUAUCCCUCCAUUCCUGGUGCGUCCAUUGACCACAUUCUUUUGUUCUCUGUCAAAUAGGACUCCCCUUAGCCGUGGAGAGUUGCUUGUCUGAAGCAGCAUUUCCACACUUGUACAGUUUCCCCAGCAUGUAAUUUGUAUUUUGAUUUAUUUAGGAUAGUUGAUCAUUGAUCCAAUGUAGUAUUUCUCUCUCUCUUUUUUUUUUAAGUUCCUUCUGGUAGUUUUUGCCUGACACAAUGUACAGAUAUCAAUCUAGUUGAUAGUAGGCAUGGAAUCACCAUAUGGCAAGUUCUUGUGCUAUGUUUCUUUGUAAUCACAGCUACUCUUGGCUUCAAUAUUAGUCGAGUGUUUAACUUUUA